AUGAGCCUGGGCGGGCCGCUCGACGCCGAGGCGGGAGCGGCAGCCGGAGCCGCCGGCGACCUGACUCUGGAUUCAAACAAUCAUUCUCCCGAUGAAGGAUUGAUUGAAGACUUUGCAAUUGUAGAUGAAAAAGCUGUGGAACAUCUAGCUGAAGGGCUGAUUUCUCACUACUUACCUGAUCUACAGCGAUCCAAGCUGGCUUUAAAGGAGCUUACACAGAACCAAGAAGUACUACUAGAAACCCUACAGCAAGAAAUCUCAAAGUUUAAAGAAUGUAAUUCUGUCCUCGACAUCAACAUGCUGUUUUCAGAAGCAAAGUACUACCACAACAAGCUGGUGAACGUUAGGAAAGAGAUGAUGAUGCUCCACGACAAAACAUCGAAGUUGAAAAAAAGGGCUCUCAGGCUCCAGCAAAAGAGGCAGAAGGAAGAGCUCGAACGAGAGCAACAACGGGAGAAAGAGCUUGAGCGAGAGAAACAGUUAACAGCCAAGCCAGCCAAAAGAACAUGAAAGCCGA